CUUGAGUUCAAGCAGGUUCGCGCCACCACUUGGAUCCUUUGGGAGUUUAUGAGCCUUUGGACAGUUUGGACAAAAUCAUGGCCUCAAAUAUAUAAUGAAAUUCGUAUGUACAACCCAGCCAUGUUGCCAGCAGCAUAAUCGGUACAGACACAAGAACUAGCUGUUUACUUCAACGUCUUCCAAAGACGUGCUACUUUGUAUUUUCCAUCGGCCUCCAUCUUGGUGACUGCCUCGUGGCUCUCCAGUUUCGUUCACCCCGCAAAGCAUCUUUCCAAUUACCGGCACACGUCCUCGAAUAGCAAUUUGUAUCCAGCAUGUCGAAUCUUCAGCGCAGGUUAGCUGGUGAAGACAUCAAUCUGAGCACUAUUCCACCCGGUGUUAAUCCAUUCGACUACGUCACCGGCAUCAUCACUCCGCGAUACUUCAUCCCGCUCUCCAUUUCUGCCACGGCCUUCUUGGUGGUGUUUUUUAUCUUUCAUUUGUUAAUUUCAAUAUUCUGUUUGGUUCUCUUGCUACUGCCUUACUUUCGUGGCUUCAAGCAAUCCCAAUGGCUUUUCAGAAAGCUCUACAUCAAAGAUAACUCGGGGACAAAUGUUUAUAAUACGCCUUUGUACUGGGUCAAUGCUGGGAUCUUAAUGACCGCGUCCCAACUGAUAGGCUCCCUUGGUGCUCAAGCCUUCAUCUUGAUACAAAUUCUGAGUGCGGAUUCGGUCAGAUACGCCAUACACUCGCAACUGGAACCUCCUUUGGGGCUCAUGUUCAUCGGGGAAAUGCUUACUUACUGGAGUCUAAUGCAUUGCUUCUUGGUGGCAAUCUACUAUGACAAUAAGACUCACGGAGAUCCUACAAAACAUGUGACGAGAUGGAGUCCAUCACCGACUUUGAUUAAUUCGGUGUUUCUUGGCUUCCCAAUAUGUAUCGUCGCCGCAACCAUUGCUCUUUUCACGUGGUUAUGCUCAGCCCAUAAAUUGUUUUCAACUGGAGCUGGCCAGAUAUUGGAUUCUUUGAAGCAAGGCUCUUCUGUUUGGGAUCGACUGAGAGUUUCAUCGACGGAAAGUGAAGAAGAAUUACAACUUACAACUCAGCUACUUCAAAUCACAACGCAAAUAACAAACCUCAGACAGGAAACCAGUGUUCAUCUAGACCAUGUGGUGCAUUGCUUCCUCAUCCUCCAAAGCGUUUUGCUGGUACUGUUAUGGAUAACUUGCAUCAUUUUUAUUUCCAUGUUUUGGUUGCUGGUUAGCAAAUACCAAAAAAGUAACGUUUCCUCAGGCAGCGCAUCGGCCAAGACGAGUUUCUUCCGCCGUUGGCUCUGGCCAAAGAUAUCCCGGGGCGCCUUUGAGGAGCAAACAGUUAGCACAACCCCAAGUUUGUACGACAUGGCAAAGAAAGACCGUCAAUUUUUCCAUCUGCUCGUGAGAUCGUUGGGUAUGAUCAUCGCAAUGAUGACCAUGAUGGUUCUUUUUCUUUUGGGCAUCGUCCGGACUGUCGAUGUUGUUAGAUCGCCAUAUUGGCGAGGGGUGGCGGCAUGGCUUGCGACAGCUUCUGGUACAUGGUCUGCUUUCCCCAUCACAUGGCAAUGUUGGAGGUUAUACAAGGAAGAAUUGAGCGGGGGAUCGCAUGAUUCGGAAAAUAAACAUUCCUCCUGUAAGAUGGACGCGACUCAUCAAGAUAGGUUUCCUCCCCGACCUUGGGAUACCGAUUCAACAGACAUUGAACUCAAAUUCAUUUCACCGGCAGCAAGCGCCUCGCCUAUCUCUCAUGAACCCUAGCACUUCUUCAAUUGCUUGUAGGUCGGUUGAGGCGUUCUCAUAGUGUCUAGGCUCUAGCUGCGGCCAAUCCGUUCGAUGGAUCCUUCGAUUACGACUAUAAGCACGGCUCAGAAGAGUUCCCUCCGUUAAAUAGAAUACUAAGUAUCUGGACACUUUCCUAUGUGCUGUUAUAAACCGUAAAAAAAGGCAAAAAAGACUGGAUUUGCUAUGAUCGAUAAAUUAUAGUUGUAUAUUAAACUAAACAUGAGUCCCUCCGAGGAGAGGCUUGCGUCAAGUUCGUCUGUAUAUGUAGAUUUCAUACUCUCCCCUUGAAAACCCAACUAAAACAUAUUAAAUUUUAUUAGUUUC